UCACUGAUAGAAGAAGACUUGUUAAGAAGAAAAAAUAAAAAAUAAAAAGGAAAGGAAAGACAGAUAACGGAACUCUCCUCCUCCUUCACAAACGAAAUAAUGAACUCUGCUUCUCUUACCAGUGCGUGCAGUUGCUUAACAUGGAGAACCUCUUCAAUCGUGUCCGUACAGCUAGGGUUUAAUCACUCUACAAAAUAUAAAUCUUCUCCCCGAAGAUUCCACAUCGCCUGCUCAUCCUCCUCCUCUUCUUCUGAUCCAUUGUUGGUAAAGGCUGCGAAAGGAGAACCAGUAAGUAGGCCUCCGGCAUGGAUGAUGCGUCAAGCAGGAAGGUAUAUGGCUGUUUACAGAAAGCUUGCAGAGAAAUAUCCAUCCUUUAGAGAGAGGUCAGAGACGACAGAUCUCAUUGUGGAAAUUUCUUUGCAGCCUUGGGAAGCUUUUCAUCCUGAUGGUGUCAUUAUUUUCUCCGACAUACUUACACCUCUACCUGCAUUUGGUGUGCCGUUUGACAUAGAAGAAGUGAGGGGCCCUGUUAUUCAAUCUCCAAUUCGUUCUGAAGAAGGUUUGAAGGCUUUGCAUCCGAUUGAAUUAGAGAAACUUCAGUUUGUGGGAGACUCGCUUAGGAUAUUACGCAACGAGGUUGAGGGGCGUGCUGCAGUUUUGGGUUUUGUAGGAGCGCCUUGGACAAUAGCUACCUAUAUAGUGGAAGGGGGUACAACUCGUACAUAUACAAACAUAAAGAGCAUGUGCCAUACAGCACCACAAGUGUUAAGGGCUCUCCUCUCACAUCUGACAAAGGCGAUAUCUGACUACAUUGUUUUUCAAGUUGAGUCUGGGGCUCAUUGCAUACAAAUAUUUGACUCGUGGGGUGGACAGCUACCUCCUGACAUGUGGGAUCGUUGGUCAAAGCCAUAUAUUGAAGAGAUAGUCAGUACAGUCAGGAAUAAAUGCCCUGAAACGCCAUUGGUUCUUUACAUCAAUGGAAAUGGUGGCCUUCUAGAGCGUAUGAAGGGAACUGGAGUCGAUGUGAUUGGGCUGGACUGGACUGUGGAUUUGGCAGAUGGAAGGAAGCGUCUGGGGAGUGGGAUCAGUGUACAAGGAAAUGUGGACCCUGCUUACUUAUUUUCACCACUUCCAGCAUUGACUGAUGAAAUUCAAAGAGUUGUGAGAUGUGCUGGGCCGAGGGGACAUAUUCUUAAUCUUGGGCAUGGUGUUCUUGUUGGUACACCAGAAGAAGCUGUUGCACACUUUUUUGAAGUUGCUAGAAGCUUGAAGUUUACUACACCUCAAGGUCAUGUGGUGGAAGAACCAAAAUUGGUAGUUUAAGGAGUGGUGUCAGCAAUUUUGUUUUAUAAAUUGGUUUUUCAUUUUGAGUAAACACCUUUCCUGCAUUUUGACCAUUUAAUCUCAUUUUAGCCUGUAAUUGACUCAGGUGCUGAUUAGAGUCGUGAGGCUUUGUACAUGUUUGUGCUAGAGCUAACUAGUAAUGUUCAAUUUAUCUGUAAUUAAUAAAUUCAAGAUGGUUCAAUAAAUCUCUUCUUAUUGAUUCUUGAUUA